AUGGAAUUAAAGAAAACUACCUCCAAGCCGUACAAUGCUGCUCUCCUGCUGCCACUUUUCCUCUUGUUUUGGGGAACCUCAUACUCUGAAAAUGCCAGUGGCUGUUCCUCAUCCCCAUGUGAGAAUGGGGGGCGCUGUAAGGAUUUGGAAGCGGGUUACCAGUGCACCUGCCCUGUGGAGCCUGUAGCCUACAUGGGCAUAAAUUGUGAACUCCUCUACGAUGCUUGCAUUGAACAUUCCUGUCCUGCCCACAUGACCUGCACAAGGACUCCAGGACUGCUGGAAUAUGAAUGCAUGUGUCCAGCUGGCUCUGCAGGGGCUGGCUGUGCCAGCGUUGAUGAGUGUGAGAGCAGCCCUUGCACAGACCCUCGGUUUGAAUGUGUAGAUAGCCCGGCUGGAUACACCUGUAGAUGCCAGCUGGGCCCUGGUGGAGAAGGCUGCCAGGCAGAAAGCUCCGUGUGCUCCAGCCAGCCCUGCCUGAACAACGGCACUUGUGUGGAGGCUCCGGGCGGGUUCCGCUGCCUCUGCCGGCCCGGCUUCAGCGGGGCCACGUGCGGGGACGACAUCGACGAGUGCGCGUCGGGGCCGUGCAGGAACGGGGCCAUCUGCAGGGACAGGGCGGGCGAGUACAGCUGCUUCUGUGUGCCCGGCUUCCAGGGCUCCAACUGCGAGAUCGACAUCGACGAGUGCGCGUCGCGGCCCUGCCGCAACCACGGCACCUGCCUCAACCACAUGGACCGCUACGAGUGCCGCUGCGCGCCCGGCUACGCAGGUGUGAACUGUGAUACUGAAAUAGAUGAAUGUGCUUCAGACCCUUGCCAGAAUGGGGCCUUGUGCAAUGAUCAUGUUGGGUUCUACACCUGCACCUGUGCACCAGGUUAUCAAGGAGCCCAGUGUGAGGUGGACAUCAAUGAAUGUGAGAGCCAGCCAUGCCAGAGCAACGGGACAUGUCAUGACCUCAUUAACAGCUACCGUUGUGACUGCAGUGACACCGGCUUCGAGGGGGCCCACUGCGAGCUGGACAUCCUGGAGUGUGCCUCUGACCCCUGCCACAACAAUGCCACGUGCCUGGAGGGAAUCAAGGGCUACAGCUGUGCCUGCUGGCCAGGUUACACCGGGCAGGACUGCGAGGAGGACGUGGAUGAGUGUGUGACAGAGCCCUGUCACAACGGUGGCCUGUGCCUGGAGCGCUCCAACCCCGCCCAUUACGGGACACAGCCCCACUUCCCCAGCACCUUCAGCUACAGCCAAGCAGCUGGGUUCCUGUGCCACUGCCAGCCAGGCUUUACAGGGGAGACCUGCUUUACCAACAUCGACGAGUGCGAGUCCCAGCCCUGCCAGAACGGGGGGCUCUGCCAGGACCUGGUGAAUGGCUUCCUCUGUCAGUGCCUACCUGGUUAUUCAGGUGUGGAAUGUGCUGUUAACAUCAAUGAGUGUGAGGAGGGGCCCUGCAAGAAUGGAGCUGUCUGUGAGGAUGGCAUUGCUGACUAUUCCUGCCACUGUGCCCCUGGCCAGGAUGGCAUCACGUGGGGAGGGAAGAACUGCUCUGUCCAGCUCACCGGGUGCCAGACGCACGACUGCCAAAACGAGGCCUUGUGCAUCCCAACCUACCAAGCUGAGAGCCACGGCCACCUGUGCCAGUGCCAGCCUGGUUUCUAUGAUGCCACCUGCUCGACUCCAACAACGUUUUCCUUUGCUUCCAGAGGGUAUCUCCUCAUUGAGCUGGAGAACAGUGAGAGCAGGAGGGGCGCAGGAGCAGCCAGCGUCUCCCUCCGCUUCCGAACCACUUUGCCCAGCGCUGUCCUUUUUUACCGAGGCCGUGAAGCUGAGUACUUGUUCCUGGAGCUCCUGGAUGGCAUCCUGCAUGCAGAGCUGAGGAGGGAGGAUGUUGGGUACCCGCUGCUCCUCAAGGGGCUGAGAGUGGACGAUGGACAGUGGCAUAAAGUGGAAGUUGUUGUGCACAGCACGGUGCAGCUGAAGCUCUGGCAUGGCUCUUGUGAGGCUGGGCUCUGCCUGCAGAGCUCUCCUGUCCCACCGGCUGCUGCUUUGAUCCCUCCAGCCUUCCUGAACCUGUAUAUUGGAGGUGCUGAGGAUCCAAUGGCAAACAACACACGGAGCCAGCAAGGCUUUGUGGGCUGCCUGGAGGACUUGCAGGUGGAUGCUGAGGCCGUGCUGCCAGCGGAUCUGCCGCUCGGGGAGUCGUCCCCGGUGAAGCUGGGCUGUGACCGCACAGAGUGGUGCCUCUCCCAGCCCUGCUUCCAUGGAGGGCUCUGUGUGGACCUUUGGGCCACCUUCAGGUGUGACUGUGCCAGGCCCUAUGGAGGCCCAGCUUGCUCCUAUGAGCACCCAGCAGCAACAUUUGGCCUAGAGAAUUCCACCAGCUUUGCCUCUUUCAGCCUUUCUGACAGCCUUGGUGCAGACUUCAACCUCUCCUUUUUCCUGCGGAGCCGGAAGCCCGAUGGUUUGUUACUGCAGGUCUGCAAUGGGACAGGCCCCUGCCUCACCCUGUACCUGAGGGAUGGCCAGCUGAGCAUAGAGACAUCACCUACGGACACUCUGAUCUUUCCAGGGAAUCUGGUUGAUGGGAGAAGACACUUGGUAGCCCUGUCUUUCCAGGGAGGGUCUGUUGGUGCUCUGCAGUCAGACACAUUUGUGGAGCUGGGCCAGCUGCCAGCACAAGCCCUGGGAGCUGGCUCUGAGGUGUUUAUUGGGGGACACCCCAACCCCGACAGCGCUGAGCUGUGGGGGGGCUAUUUCAAGGGCUGUUUGCAGGACAUGCAACUCAACAGCCACCAGGUACAGUUUUUCCAGGUGGAGAAUGACAGUUUGCCAGAGGAACUCAAUAGGACUCAAACUGGAAAUCUUGUGAAUGGCUGCAUCUCUGAUGACACCUGCAAGUCUGAGCCAUGUCAGAAUGGUGGCAGAUGCAUUGUCACUUGGAAUGAUUUCCAUUGCAGCUGUUCAGCAAAUUUCACUGGGAAAUUUUGUGAAGAGAAAGUCUGGUGUGAAAGUGACCCAUGUCCUGAAGCCACCACCUGCAUAGAUGUUGUGGCAGGAUAUGUGUGUCUGGCUAAUGCAACAUUUAAUGGUCAUGCUGCCAUAGAAUUUACUGCCAACACAUCUGCGACCAGAACUCUGAGCAGCCUCCACGUGGACUUCAGAACCAGAGACGAAGAUGCUGUUUUGCUUCGGGCUGUGGAAGAGGUGGAUUCCCUCCAGGUAGCCAUUAAGAAUUCCUCCCUCCUUGUUGACAUCAGGAGUGGGAACAGCAUCGAGGGUGUCAGCUUCCUGAGCCCGCAGCCUGUUGCGGACGGGGCCUGGCACAGCGUCUCCGUGUCCAUGGAGGAGCCGGCCGCGCUCUCUUCCCGGUGGCUGCUCCGCUUGGACGGCUCAGCGAACGCGACUCUGCAGGGAAGCGCCGGCAACUUGGACUUCCUCAAGAAAGACGCGCUGGUCGUUUUGGCCGAGAAUUUCACCGGCUGCCUGGGCCGGGUGCAGAUCGGGGGGAUCUUCCUGCCCUUCCCGGCCCACCGGCCGUACCCUCAGCCCGAGCAGUUCCAGCAGGCCGGCCCGGGCAGCGUCCGGCUGGGCUGCUCCGGGGCCGACGUGUGCGCCUCCGGCCCCUGCCUCAACGCUGGCACCUGCGAGGAUCUGUUCAACUCCUUCCGCUGCGGCUGCAGCGCGGGCUGGGCGGGGCAGCGCUGCGAGGCCAACAUCGACGACUGCCAGCCCAGCCCCUGCGUCCACGGGGACUGCGUGGAUGCCGUGGCAGACUUCCAGUGCGAGUGCUUCCGGGGCUUCAUCGGGAAGAGGUGUGACAUCAACGUGGACGACUGCGUGCGGCACCAGUGCCUGAACGGAGCCACCUGCGUCGACGGCGUCUACGGAUACUCCUGCAAAUGCCCCCCUCAGUACUCCGGACCUCGCUGCGAGUGGCCGUUCCCCCCUCAGCAGUGUGGCAAGAACUUCACCUGCCUGAACGGUGGUCGGUGCAUCACAGAGAGCUGGGGAGCCAACUGCUCCUGCAGGCCCGGCUUCACUGGGAGGAACUGUCAAAUCAACAUAAACGAGUGCGACCCGAACCCGUGCCAGAACGGGGGCACGUGCCAGGACUCUGAGAACAGAUACGAGUGCGUGUGCAGCGCCAGCUACACCGGCGAGCGCUGCGACAUCAACAAAGGGACUCCAGGUGCUCUCUUCCCCUCCCCACUAAUUGAAGUAGCUGUCCCUGUAGCCUGUGGCUCUGUGCUGCUCCUCAGUAUUGGUCUCAUAUUCAUGGUUCUCACGGCAAGGAAGAGGCGCCAGUCCGAGGGGACCUACAGCCCGAGCCAGCAGGAGGUGGCAGGAGCUCGGCUGGAGAUGGACAGUGUCCUAAAGGUGCCACCCGAAGAGCGCCUGAUCUAGGCCCUGCCGUGCCCAGGACCCGCACCUGCAAGGUCUGCCCGGACCUUGGGCUCUCUCAGCCUUGGCAGCGGCAGAUCCACCCCAUCCCAGUUCCCCUAAGGCCU